AUGCGAAUCGCGUUGGUCACAGAGACUUUUCCGCCGGAGGUCAACGGUGUGGCGCGGACCCUAGAGCAGCUCGUAGAAGGUCUGCUCGAUCGUGGUCACGAGUUGCAGCUAGUCAGACCCCGACGGGUACGGGCAACGAUGGCCGAGCCGCGGCCGAUGAACGCCCGGUGGCACGACUUGUGGGUAGCGGGAGCGCCCUUGUGGCGCUACCAGGGUCUUCACUUCGGCCUGCCGUCCUACCGCAAGCUGCUGUGGCAUUGGCGUCACCGGCCGCCAGAGGUGGUGCACCUAGCGACCGAGGGACCGUUGGGGUUGUCGGCUCUGCUGGUGGCGCGGCGCCUCGGUAUUCCGGUUGGCAGCGGCUUCCACACCAACUUUCACCUCUACCUGGGCCACUACGGACUGCGGUCUUUGAUGGCGUGCUCAGUGCGUUACUUGCGUUGGUUUCACAACCGGGCCGGCUUCACCCUGGUACCGGCGGUGGAAGUCGCGGAGCAGCUCGAAGAGCUCGGCUUCGAGCGCUUGCGGGUGCUCGGGCGCGGGGUCGACACUCGGGCCUUCUCGCCGGCCUGGCGGUGCCGCCGGUUGCGCAGCUCGUGGGGCGCCGGUGACGACGACCUGGUGGUGGCUUACGUCGGCCGGCUGGCGGGCGAGAAGAAUCUCGACCUAGCCGUGCGUGCGGCCGCUGCGAUGCGUCGUUCACGGUCCGAUUGCCGCUUCGUAGUGAUUGGCGCCGGUCCGGCAGCGAAGGCGAUCGAGAGCCACGAGAUCGAGCCGGUGAUGGCGGGCAUGAAAGUCGGCGAGGAGCUCUCUCGCGCCUACGCGUCGGCCGAUGUGCUGCUCUUUCCGAGCCUCACCGAGACCUUUGGCAACGUGGUGCUGGAAGGGUUGUCGAGCGGCCUGGCAGUGGUCAGCUUCGACCGGGCGGCGGCUCGCCUGCACAUUCGGGACGGGGUCGACGGCCUCAAGGCCGCGCCCGGCUCGGCGGCCGACUUCGUGCGCCGAGCACAGCGCCUGGCGACCGAUAACGAGCUCCGUGCCCGACUUUCGCGGGAGGCCCGGAGGUCGGUCGGCGGGCUCGACUGGCAGGGAAUCUGCGGGCGUUUCGAGCAACUGUUGCAAGGGCUCUCCGCGGCCGCUUCGAAGCCCGCCUUGCAGCGUUCGGAAUCGUUUCGCUGA